AUGCUCGGCUACAGCACCCACGCCGAGUACGUGCUCGAGGAGCACAUGGCCAAGACGCCCAAGGAGGUGCUUGACUUUGAACACGACCUGCGCGAGCGCCUGACGGUGCUGGGACUGAAGGAGGUCGAAGAGAUUGAGGAGCUGAAGCGCGCUGACAAGAGGGCGGUUGGCGAGGAGUACACGGGCCUGUUCUCGUGGGACUUCCGCUACUACACCAACCUGGUCAAGGAGCGCAAGCACAACAUCAGCGACGAGGAGGUCAAGCAGUACUUCCCCAUGAAGGAGGUUACCCGCGGCAUCCUGGACAUCUACCAGCGCAUGCUCAGCCUGCGGUUCGUCAAGGUCGAGAACCCGCCGUGUGGCACGAGGACGUCGACAUGUACGAGGUGUGGGAAGCCACCGAGGACAAGUUCGUCGGCCACUUCUACCUGGACCUGUACCCGCGCGAGGGCAAGUACAACCACGCGCUGUGUGGCCGAUCCGCGCCGGCUACACCAAGCCCGACGGCUCGCGCGAGUAUCCUGUUGCUGCCAUGGUGGCCAACUUCCCCAAGCCGUCGGCACGACGCCGGCGCUGCUCAAGCACGAUGACGCGACGACGCUGCUGCACGAGCUGGGCCACAUGCUCGAGAACUGGUGCUGGGAGCCGUCGGUUCUGGCCCAGUUUGCCGUGCAUUACAAGACCGGCGAGCCUAUCCCCGACGAGCUGGUCAAGCGCCUGGUGGCUGCCAAGAACGAGAGUGCUGGCCUAUUCAACCUCCGUCAGGUGUUCUUUGGUCUGUACGACAUGGCCAUCCACAACACCGAGGACGGCAAGGUCGACGUCAAGAACCUGUACACGUCGCUGCGCGAGGAAAUCGGCCUGUUCAAGAACGGCGAUAUUGAUACCUGGGGAUCGGCGACCUUUGGCCAUAUGAUGGGCGGCUACGACUCGGGCUACUACGGAUACCUGUGGUCCGAGAAGGAGGGCGUUGCCAACGCCAGCACCGGCAUGGACUACCGCCGCGAGAUCCUUGCUGCCUGGCGGCAGCCGCGACGGUCGGUCAGCCUCGAGAAGUUCCUGGGCCGCAAGCCAAACCAACAAGGCCUUCCUCAAGAGUAUCGGACUUGA